UCUUAUCUGCUUUGGAAACCAAAAUGUUUGUAAAUUAUAGCCCCGUCAAAUUGGAAAAUCUGCGACUUGUCACUUGCAAAAGACAACUACAAGGCAAUCAGGGGUGGGGGUGGCUAUAUAAGGCCCAGCAGAAGCCGCGAAGAAAGUUAGUGCAAAUUAUUCUACUUGGAGUGAAGAGAGUUUAUCUCGAAAUGCGAGGAUCGACAACCUAUCUGUCUGCCCUGCUGCUGGCUCUCGUACUGCAGCUGAGCAACCAGACCCAGCUGCUGAACUCUACCGACGACGUCUGCCGACUGUUUGCGGAUGGCACAAAGCUCCGCAAGCCGGGCGGCUGUAACGAGUGGAUUGUGUGCCAGAACCAAGUCAGCCAGACUGGCGGAACUUGUAGCGGAAGCACGCAAUUCUUCAGCCUCUCGAAGGGCACCUGCUAUAAGACCUUGGACACCACCUACUGCGACAGUCCGUGCACUGCCUCCACAAACGGCUACGUUGGCAGCACCCUAAACUGUGCCAAUUGGUACUACUGCGAAAAGAAGACCCUCAAGGGCAGCGGAGCCUGCACCGGCCAACAGUUUGACCAGGCACUGCAGCAGUGCGUUUAUGCGGAGAGCACUUCAUGUGCGGCCAAAUUUGAAUGGUGCGACAUCGUGCCCAUAAACGUGCCAUUCCGCAACGAGGACUACUGCAACAAGUACUACCACUGCGACAAGACUUACAAGCUAAUCGAAAACACCUGCGAUCAGGGAAUGUACUACGAUGUAAAAACGAAGGUGUGCGUGGCCAAGAAAUAUGUGGAUUGUAGCGAUCACCCCCUGCCAGUCGACGUGUGCGGAACCAAGAAGUUGGCUGUGCGCAAUAAAUUUGUUUCGGAUGGUGCCACCUGCCGAGGAUACUUAUUUUGUCAUGAUCUCGGCUCUGGCGUUCCCGAUCCCAACCCGGAGAGGCUGCAAUGCGGCGUAGAUUAUUUCUUUAACCAGGAGCGACAGGCCUGCAUGCCACGCGAGACCCAGAAGUGUGAUGAGGAUCGUUGUGAUGGGCGCGACAGUGGCUUGGAGGUGGCGCAGGUGCAGGGAUGCCAUAACUACCUAAAGUGCGAAAAAGGCAAGGAAGUGAGUGUGAUGGUGUGUGAUGAUGGCAAGUACUUUGAUGUGGUAGCCCAGGAGUGUACUACAACCAUUAAAACCUACGGUGCGUGCACCGCUUAGAUAUUGUGAUUUCAAAUAAGCCGAUGCUGGAAUACUUAUUCUCCUCUUCUCAUCCACUCUUUGUGGACCAAUCGGAAUGCCAGUUUGAAUUUAAUAUUAAAUGGUUUUUACCAUUUGCAAUACAUGAUAACAAAAACAAUAACAUAAUAAUUACAUGUAUAACAAAUAACAAUGUCGUUAGGGAUAGAGCAUUUUAGAUUUGCAUUCUUG